CUCUAAUACACCUCUAUCACCAAGUGUUCAUACUAUAUUUUCUCUCCCUGAUCUUCUGCUUAUUUGCUUCCAUUUUAUAACACGUUAUCAGCAUGAAUUUGCUCCAAAUUCCGAAAAUCAUCAUCUUCCAAGCAGAUGGAGCGUGGUAGACAUUCUGUAGAUGUGGGUAAUCUCCAACGCAACCGCAAGAGGGAGAUUGCAUCGACUCGAUCUACUUCACGCAAAGGCAAAGGUAAAGCGCGGACCGAGUCUUCUUUUCAAAGUCGAGAUGAUUUUGAAACGGAUUACCAACGGCGAGAUGAUAUGAUGAUGUCCGACGAGCAACUACAACACCUAUUGUCCCAAAAUGAUCCACGUUUUGCACAAGAACAACAAUUCCCGACAACCAUCGAUGAAGAGGAGCUCGAGGAUUACGAUGCGGAGGAGGACGCGGGGGGCGACGGGACUCCGGAUGAUGAGCAAGAGUUGGAGGACGAG